AUAGCCACAAGAAAGACCGACGCAUCGUCAUGUCCAGCCAACUUGGCAUCACGUACGCCGUGGUGGCGUUCACUGUUUACGGCAUGUACCCGCUGUUCUUUAAGCAAAUCCACAACGUCCCAUCGGUGCAAAUCGUGCUGCAUCGGAUCGUGUGGUCGUUCGUGUUACUCGUGCCAUUGUUCUUAUGGCGCGGCGACUGGGCCAACUUCCGCGCCACGGCCUUGACCAAGCCCAAGACGAUGGCCAUCUACUUGACGGCUGCGAUCGCCAUGGGCGGCGCGUGGAUGCUGUUUAUGUGGGGCGUUCUGUCAGGCUACAUCAUCGAAACGUCGCUAGGGUUCUUCAUGAACCCAAUCUUUAGCGUCAUUUUGGCAGUGGUGGUGCUCAAGGAGCCCCUACGACGGUACCAGAUCGUGUCGGUAGCGUUAGCCUUCGCAGGGGUGCUGGUCGUCGCGGUAGCGUACGGCAAGUUCCCGUGGCUCGGCUUGUCGUUGGCAAUUGUGCUGUCGAUCUAUGGCUUUAUCAAGAAAACGGCGCCGCUCGGGUCAUUGGACGCCGUCACGUUGGAGAUGGCGUUCUUGUUCGUGCCAUCACUUGUGGCACUAUGUGUGUUUGAUUCCCAAGGCACGGGGGCUUUCCUCCGGGUAGGCAAUUCCACCACGACCAACGUCCUCCUCGUGUUUUGCGGGGUCGUGACAGUCGUGCCCCUGCUCUUGUUUGCGUCCGCGGCCCCGCUCAUGUCGUUCACACUACUCGGCAUUUUGCAGUACAUUGGGCCCAUCAUGAACUUUGCCAUUGGGGUGUUUGUGUACAACGAACCGUUCUCAACGCCCAAGCUGCUGGGGUUCGUCCUCGUGUGGCUGGCCCUGACGGUGUUUGCCGUCGAAAGCGUCGUCAUGGCGAGAAUUCUUCGGCGCACCCAAUCCAAUGCGCCCACGGAAGAGGAGGACGAGUCGACUAGUCAAUCGAACCAUCACCACAACGCCGACGACGGACAAGUCGGCUAUAUAAAAACAACAACGCCCAAAGGAGUGUAUGUAGACGAGAUUGCUGUCAACAAGGCGUAAGCAAGCAAGAUACAGACGUUCCUCGACCAUUGGCGGCAGUGCGUGUGGUGCCGAGGACUCUAUGCAUCCAAUGCGUGUUGGUGCCAUCUAGAUGUUGGAGUCCUUGCGGGGGAUUCUUGUGGUGUGCAAUAUGAAAACAAUAACUUGGUAAAUAGUACAUGUAGAGCUGUGAUGUGAAA